AUGUCAGACAGAGAAGCAUUAAGUAUAUUCACUAGACAACCUGUCAAUCAAGAUAUGGUCAACUUCUUAGUUGCUACCACUAAUUCAAUAAUUCAAGUUAAACCACAAAUUAAACCAUCAGAAAAGUAUCUUAUAAAUAAUCAAUAUGUUUCACCAAUUGUACCUACUAUAUCAUUAACUGAUUUCAUUAAGAAUUUGAUUCGUUAUUCAAAUGUUCAAACACCAACACUUAUGGCUACUUUAGUAUAUUUAAAUAAGUUAAGAAACUUAUUGCCUGCUAAUGCUGUAGGUAUGGAAACUACUAGACAUCGUAUAUUUUUAUCUGCUUUAAUCAUUGCUGCUAAAUCAUUAAAUGAUAGUUCUCCAUUAAAUAAACAUUGGACUAAAUAUACUGAUGGUUUAUUAUCUCUACAAGAAGUAAACUUGGCUGAGAAGGAAUUGCUUGCUUUAUUAAAUUGGAGUGUUAAUAUUAAAGAACAAGAAUUGAUAAUUGCUUUACAACCAUUCUUAGUUUCAAUUAAGAACCAAUUAAUCAGAAAACAAGAAUUAGAAUCAAUUCAAAAGCUGAAUUAUUAUCGUAUUUCACAAUCCAAAUCCAAUUAUUCAAUCAAAUCUUCAAGAUCUGUUCAAUCCAGUUAUUCUGUUGCUUCCAAUUUAUCAUUAUCUCAUUCAAUAUCAACCAUGUCUAUUGACGACGGUGUUUCUACGCAUGAGAGUAGUGCUGCUACUGCUUCUGGUCAUGAAAUACGAAAGCCAUUGGCCAAUAGAUCUAUUAAUACAUUAAAUGACCCAAUACUGAAAAAGAGCCUCCCUUCAUCAAGAAACUUAUCAAGACUACUUGUUUAA